AUGGUGAACUUCAAUUCCAUCGUCGCAUUUUCGACAUUUGGUCUGGGUGCGCUGGCACACCCAACCAUCAAGCACAUUGACAGGCGCUUCUGCUCCCUCGAGGAACGCAGCGUCUUUGCCCGUGCCGAAGACCUUACUUCCCGCGCCACUAUCCCCAAAGCGACAACAUGGAAUCCGCCCUCUAGCAUGACCACUGGUUUGGAUCAGGUCUGGAAGCAGACUAUGAAGGAGAAUCCGCAAGGCCUCCAGGACAAGAACUGGAUCACCGACCAAUGGAUCGCCAACAACGGCAGUAUCAACUACUGCGUUCGCUGGAACCACUCAGGCAAAAGCACUGCGACUGCGCGUGCCUCUACUGUCAAAGCCCUACAGCGCUCGAUGCAGAAGUGGUUCGAUAUACUCGUUGGAUUCGAAGGCUUCCCGCUCACUGAACUCAACGUCGACGUUGUUGGCUACGCCGUCAAGAAUAAGAACCUCAUCGAAGGCGACACCACCGGUCUCGACAUCUAUACUACAGCUGAUGCCGACGGUGUACCUGAGUGCGACGUCCGCUGCUACCGCGGCGCUCAUCUCGAUGGCGAUUUGAGUCAGUGCCCUGGCGGUGAGGCCAGCCGUUACGACAUCAGCCUCUGGCUCGACGAGAGUCUUGAAGGUCAGAUGGGUGGUUAUGGAUACAACUGGGGCCAGGAGAUUGGUCCGGACUACUUCCUCAACAACAUCGAUGAGGAGAACAUCCACAUCCUGCUUCACGAGAUGGGCCACGGUCUUGGUCUUCUAGACUUCUACGACUGGGUACCCCAGGGCCAGACCAACUUCAUUAUGAUGGCUGGUAGCGCGAUGGAGAUUACCGAGUUUGAUGCUUGGAUGCUAAGGGACUGGUGGAGGAAGUUGAAGGCGGAGCGCAAGUGGUAA